AUGAAGCUGUCGUGUCUUGCUCUCGUCUUGCUGGCGGCUCUCGCGCUCGCCGACGAUCAUUUCAUCGAUGUUCGCGAACUUGUCAGGGACACGAUUGACGCCAUCAAAGAGACGCCCGAAAUGUUGGCGAAGAAUGAGAGCGUUCAAGUGGCGACGACGACGGCGUCAAAAUCGGACGAGGCGUCGCCGAGCCGUCCGCCGGCCACCGACGUCUACAAAUCGUUGCUCAAACUGCCAGCUGACAUAAUGAAUCGAUUGAUGGCCGACACGGCGACGGAGCCCGAGAAACAGGCGGAGAAGCAUGAAGAGAAGAAAGAAGAAGCGCCGAGCUUCAAAACGAUUGACGACGCUCUAGAAGAGAAGAAGGAAUUCAAAGCAUCGCCAGCAAAAGAGAAGAAGAAUGACGAGCUGUUCUCAAUUUCCGAACUCAUCUCGGCGACGGGCCACGCGAUUCGCGAAGCGCAAGCCCAACGCAUCAUUCAGCAGCCGCAACAAGAUGCGAUGACCGUUCCGCCGCUUGUCCCGUUGCCAAAUCCACUCGAGAUGCCCGGCCUUCGAAUGCCGAUGAUUGAGCCGACCGCUUCGAACCAGAAUCCGCAAACCGAGAUUGUUUAUCGGCCGGUGGUCAAGGAUGGCAAGACAAUGUUCGAGCAAAUUGUGCUCUUGAAAAAUGGCGAUGGAACGUCGCGAAUUGUUGCUCAAAAUCUGUUCAGCGAAAUGCCGGUGCCCGAGCAGAAGAAAAUGCAAAUCAAGACUGUGAAGACUGACGCGCAGAACAACUUCGUUGCGCCAACAUUCCCGCCAAUGGUGAACGUGUUUGAUCAGUUCAGUCUUCCAUCGACGAUGACGCCGCCAACGACAACGACAACCGCCCCCACAACGACAACCGACGAGGUUACCACAGAAGCCGUCACCACCACCGAAGCGCCGCCGACAACAACCACCGAAGAAAUGACGACGACGACAGAGGAAAGUGUGAAGCCGCAUCGACGCCAUUUUCCGCGACGAAAAAUCUCGAAAAUCGCGCGCGUCGAAAAAAAAUCGCCAUCAUUGCAUUCGAGACAAUUCGCGUCGAAGACCAUCGCGGUGACGAAGCCUUUCGCGAUUCAAUCAGACGUCGAACGAGGCGACGGCGAGGACGAGGGACUCAAGGGGAAGCUUCGCGUGCGCACCAUUAAGCCGAAGCACCAGCCAACACACUUCGAGGAUUCGUACAAGGAGCAAGUCGCCGCCGAUGUUGACGACGUCACCGAGCCGCCAAAGAAGAGAAGGCGGGUUGUGAAGAAGGCGUUGAAGAAGCGAAGGAAGCUCCAUCAAAAGAAAUUGGAGGAGGCGAAAAAGAAGGAGGUUCGCAAGUUUGCCGAACUCUACGAGGAGCAAUACAAAACGCAAGUGGCGCCGAGUGUCGCGCCGCCGUCGGAGGAUUUCGCGCAAACGUUCGCCGACGUCGACGAGGUCCAGGAGAAACGCGUGAACCUUCAAAGCGACAGCCCGACGAGACAUGUGCGAAAACCGGCGGUCGAUGAGAUGACGCCCGACGAGAAGGAGAAGCUGCUCGACAUGGAGAUCCACAAGAAGGUGAUGCAGCGAAUUCGGUCGGCGAUGACCAAAAGCGAUGAGGACUAUGACAAGAAGGAGCAGGAGGAGGAGAUUCCGACGACGACAACAACCCAAGCUCCGAUCGUAUUGAAGAGGAAGACGAGACGGACCAAGAAGGUUUUGGUGACUCGUCAGCAAUGCUUGAAUCUCAGAAGCUUUGCCAAGCAAUUUUUGUUCGACAAUGUUGCUGAUUUUGCCAAUGAGCAUUGCUACUUCAUCGAGAAUUACUAUCCAGCUCUUACCUGCGCAAAAGUGAAGAUCUACGUCGCCAAGUGUGAAAAAUAUCUGGCCGAUGAGUAA